AUGGGCAGUGAGCUCCAUGAGAAUGUGAGAGCGUCAUUGGAAGAGCUCAAGAAUCAUGAUGUGUCUCUUUAUGCUAUCGGGGGCGCCAAUGCUUCACUGAUGGGUCUGAACAAGAUCACUGGCCGUCGCGAAAAUGUGUUCUUCGUCCAGAAAUUCUCAGGUCUAAAGAAUAGUAAGGUGACAGACAGCCAGGUCACUCUCUACAGGGGCCAGUCUCUUUCUGCUCUCAGUCCCUAUGACCAGAGGUACAAGGAGGAUGUGAAAUACUGGUGCAGGAUGAAGGGAGAGUUAGACUGCACUGCCAUAGUGCGUACUGACUUUCCUUUGCGACGAGGGGAUGUGUCCAUCACAGAUGACCCCAGCCAGCAUGUCUUCACUGUGACCAUGCAGAACCUACAGACUCAGGACACAGGGGAGUAUGUGUGUGCUGUGGACAAUGGAAGAAACAAUGGAAGCAUCUCUGUCACUGACUGCUUCCCAGAUGUGUCGGUGAGGAGCAACAUGGUGUCUGGUAAGGAGGGGAACAGCACCACAGCCGAGUGUCUCUACAGUGACAUCAUGGAUGACAGUGAGAAGAUGUGGUGUUGGAACGGGAAACCUGCAGGGAACUGGAGCUCCUGCUUGACUGCAGAGGGAGAGCGGGCGUCUCAGGACCGCAUGGAUUUGAUCAUCACUACAUGGAGUCGCACCUUCACUGUGACGAUGAGACAUCUGGAGAUGAACGAUAACGACUGGUACUGGUGCAUAGCAGGAGACAAGCAGAUCCCGGUGUACAUCUCAGUCCUCAAUGCAUCUAACGCAUCAAUAUCUCCUCCAACCAUGAAUCUGAUUACUUUCCCUUUGGUCUUGACUCUGAGAGCAACGGAGGAUGAUAACUCAAGGUGGAGGUGA